AUGUCGGAACAAGCCAUGGACGACGUCUCCAAGUUUUUGCAGGAUGUCAAGGAGAUGAAUGCUCGCCGCACCGAGGAGGACGACGCCCGCCAACGCGAACUCGACGAAAAGAUUCAGCAGGAAAAGAGGGAACGCCAGGCCCGUCGCGCCGGCACAAAUUCUGCUCCGCGUCGUGUCGUGUCCUUCCGCCUGCUCGUGCUCGUGCUCGUGCUCGUGCCGUGCUAUGUUCAGGUUCAGGUUGCCCUUGAUCAGAAAGCUGAGCUACUGGCGGGACGGCCGCCGCACCGGGCAAGACGCGAGCGACGCCUCGACGCCUUGACACCCACUCCCAAUAACCACAAACCGCACACGGCCUCGUCCAUUGUUUUCCCACCUUGUGCCGUCAGAAAACUAUCAGCACAACGCGCUCGAUCCAUUUCCCCUCAGAAGUCAUCCCCGGCCAACACCCCACCACCGUCCCGAGGCAACACUACGCAGCUUUCCGAUGACCUGAAGCUGUCCUCUCCUGGCCUCGAAUACACCGGCAGCCCUCGUCCUCGCUCUCGUGGCUCCCCGGCUCCCGACACCAUGGAAAGAUUGUCGACCUCUCCCACCAAGGAGAACGAAUCCCCUUUCGACGCCGAUAACAAGCGGUCGAGCGUGACCUCUCCCACCGGCGGUGUACAAGGAGCGCGGCCGCUGUCAUGGCAGAGGCGUCCCAACUCUCAACAUUCGGAUCGAUCCAAGAACCGUCCCUUGUCCGUCGUGGCCGCAGAGAACGCGGCUAGGACCUCGCCGAACCCCACGUCGGACCCCUCCUCCGCCACCGAGCAGACAUUUUCUAGGGAUCAGAUUUCCCAGGCAUUGGGUUCCAAAGACCCUGCCUGGUUCCGUCAGACGGCUGAUCGUGCAAGCGCUGGGUCGGCUGCCAAUCGCAAGAGCCAGGUGGAGGAUACCGACACCACCGACAUGUCUUCGAUGCGUGCCCAUCAGCUUCCCGGCUUGAGUCGCAGCUCUUCAACGGACUUGUCGCCCGAGAACUCUAGCCCGACCAAGGAGAACAGACUUGGCUCUCCGCUCUCCCUUUCCAGCGCUCAGAGGCUUGACCCCCCGGCCGAGAUCUCCUCCGAGAACGACGCCACCGCACAGCGACGAAUGUCCGUCAUGUCGUCGGGAUCUGGUCGCGCAUCGCCCACGAGGCCCGUCUCGCCCACCAAGGGCAUGGGCGGCUUCGUCCAGAGUGCCAUGAUGAAGAGAUCAGACAGUGUCAAGAGAUGGAGCGUAACGUCGCCCCCUGGGCUCGUACGCGCAGAUUCUGCUGCCUCAAGUCGAGUCGGCGAGCCUAGAUCACGCCCGCAAAGCAUGUUCGUUCGCGAUGGUGCAGCUACACCUACCGGCUCGUCUCACUCGCGCUCUCUCUCUCGUCCUGCCUCUCGUCCUUCCUCUCGUCCUACCUCACGCCAUAGCAAUCAGGAGCACCAGGACGAGCCCGAGACGAAGCCCGAGACGACGCCCAAGGCCCCCGUCGCAGCCACACCGUCAGAACCCGAGCGUGACACCAAGGAGGAGGAAGAGGAGGAGAAGAUGACGCCGCCAUCCAGCCCUUCCAAGACUAUGGAUACUAGGAGAUGGAGCCCAACGAAGGCAAGCUGGCUAGAAACGGCCCUGAACAAGCCCGAGGCACCGAAACCUAAACCUCCCCCUACGGCCAACCAGCCAGCCUGGAUGGUUGAGCUUAACAAAGCUAAAGCGCACAAGGCUGCCAACCCCAGUGCUGACCUUGGCCGAAGCGGCUCUGUGGCAUCGAACAAGCAUGAAGUCAAUAUUGGUGGGCUGAUGCGCUCGACGCCAAUGGGCAGCCACGAGGCAAAACCGUCCGUCAGUGGCCUCAAGGGCAUCUAUGCGCCGGUGAAGACUCACAAGACGGGCGGCAGCAUCGGCAGUCCGGGCUUCCGCAGCAGCACGAUCAAAAGCCCAACGAGCGAGGAUAAGCCGGAAGAAACCACUUCUCCCGCAGAAAUUCCAAGGCAGUCCUCCAUCACUGACAACCCUGCCGUGGCCAAGGUCAAGCCCGAAACUCCUCCAAAAAAGGAUUUCCGAGCUGGUCUCAAGUCUCGAAACGUAUCGGGAGACGCUGCAUCAUCCAACGACUCGGCCAAUGAGUUACAGAGUGUCUUUGGCAACCUGCGGCGGACGAAGACGCAAAACUACGUUGCGCCGGACGAAUUGAAGUCUAAUAUUUCCCGCGGCAAAGCAGCCUUGAACAUCACGGGCGGUCCGAAGCCGAGCGAGCGCAAAGACGAGUUCAAGGAGGCAAUCCUGAAGAAGAAGGAAGACUUCAAGGCUGCUCAGUCCCAAGGCAAGGGCGUCGCUCGAACCAAGUCUAAUGCAUCCGAGAACCCAGUGCCGGAAGCUUUGUUGAAGAGACACGCGCUGAGUAAAUCAGUUUCGGGCAGAUCAGCUGCGACUUCGCCUUCCGCCAUUGAGCACCGCAAAUCCGUUAGCGAACGAUCGAAAUCUAUAUCUAAGGAUGAGUCGAGCGAGUCCAUCCCUUCGCUCCGUUCCCCUUCAAUCAGAUCCCCUACGGGUAAGGAGUCUCCGACAGAGCUCAGACCUACGACACCAACUCUUCAGAAGGAGGCCAGCACUCCUGCCAAGCUUCAAGGACGUGCCGCUGCCAGUGGUUUGGCGGGUCGCUUCAACCCCGCGCUUGCGGGACUUCUGGCUCGCGGUCCUCCCCCCAUGGCUGCCAAUGGAGGACGCGACACCGAGAAGUCGGAGGAAUCCACCGGUGCAACCGAGCCCACGGCUCCGGGACCACAGCUUACGCACAUGACUAAGGGCCGUGCUCGCGGCCCGAAGAGAAAGGCUCCGUCUGCCAAUGGCGCGUCUGCCGGUGCUCCCACCACGGAGCCAGCUAACCAGCCCAAGCCAAGCUCAGACGUGACCUCACCUGCGAAGGAAGAGCCGUCUGCUCCAGCUGAGGAGCCUAAAAAGAGCCCUGAAAAGGAGGCUCCGGCGUCUAUCCAGGCCCAAGUAGCUGCUCUAGCAGCUGCCAAGAACAGGCCAGUGCCCCUGAAGCCCUUCGGAAAACCCGCCGGGGCUCCUGUCGAGAAGCCUGCUGAGGCGUCUCCUGAGAAACCUAUCCUCCCCGCCAAGGACGAAGACCCUGUUUCAAAGCGCAGAUCUCGGUCUCCGACGAUGAAGCUCCAGUCCUCUCCUAUGAAGCAGUUUGAGGAGAAGCCCAGCGAGCCCGCAUCCCAGCCCACUUCGCCCAAGAAACUGGACAUGAAGAGAGUAUCCAUGUUCUUUGAAGAAAAGAACCAGGAGACUACAAAGCCCGAGAGCCCCAAGAGAGAGAGCUUGAAGGUGGAGAGUCCAAAGAGAGAGGAACCCAAGUUGGAGAGCCCAAAGAGGGAGGAGCCGAGGAAGGAGAGUCCGGCUACAACGCCCAGCAUCAAGCCUAAGCCGGUUUUCGAGAAGCCUUUCAGCCCCCCACAACAGAAGAAGACUGAGGAAGUUUCUCCCGUCAAGACUUUUGGACGGCCCCUGCCUGAACCGACGCCGAGUCCUGCAAAGAAGUCGUUCUCUGACAGCGUGGAAGAGUCUACCCCUCCUGCCAGGACUUUUGGACGACCGUUACCGGAGCCCACCCCUAGGUCUCCUAUCAGAUCUCCUGUUCGAUCGCCACCCCCCAACGAUCAUACGGAUAGCCCCCAUGUGGCGCCUCUCAGGACCUUUGGCCGGCCGCUGUCGAGACCCAGCUCACCUCAGAAGUCGAACGACCGAGUCGACAGCGAGCCAGUUGUCUCUGUGAGGAAUGCCGCGGCGAUGUUUGGCGGCUCAGUUGUUCAAUCGCCACCUCUCGAGACGAGGUCGCGAUUCGACACUCCUGCAUCCCCGGUCCAAAGAACCAGCACUCCUUCGAGGGGCUCCACUAGGCCUCUGCCGAUUCCACCAAAGCCAUCGUCGCCUACGUCUGUUACAUCGCCCGUCCGAUCCCCGACCAAGUCGACCGCGGAGGUCUCGACCUUACUGGACGACUUCUUCGGCACGCGGCGGCCGCAGAGAGAAUAUCGUCUCGAUACUACCGAGUUGUUGAUGAACAAGCCUCGUGUUCGCGACAUCCAAAGUCAGGGCGCAAGACUCUUCCAGAUUACCGGUGAUGGCAAGAAAAUCCCCGUCCCGGCGCACAACGAGCGCAUCCUGUUCGAAGGGGAGAUGUACAUUUGCGCCAACGUCUUCACCAACGAGGCUGGCAAGAAGGAGACGGAGGUGUACUUUUGGGCUGGCGACGAAGUACCAGAAGCUACCAUGGAAGAUGCUGCUCUGUUCGUUAGCCGCGAGGCUCGCUCGCUCGGAGGAAAGGUCAUCAAAAUGCGUCAGGGCAGAGAGACGCCAGAGUUCAUCAUGUCGCUCGGCGGCAUGAUCAUCGUCCGCCGUGGCACCAACGCCAAGUAUGACUCGUUGGCGCCUAGCAUGCUCUGUGGUCGCCGCAUACUUGGCCAGGUUGUGUUUGACGAGGUCGACUUCUCAUCCACGAGUCUCUGCUCUGGAUUUCCGUUCCUGAUUACGCAAUCGGGAAAGUGCUACCUCUGGAAGGGCAGAGGCAGUGACGUAGACGAGCUGAGUUGCGCCCGCCUCAUAGGUAUGGACUUGACUUUGAUGGGCGAGCUCCUGGAGAUUGAGGACGGCAGCGAGCCAGACAGCUUCUGGGCCAUCUUUAAUGAUGGAACGAAGCCGCAUUCCGCGGACCACUGGCGCUUGAAAUCCAACUACGACAAGUACUGCCAAAGACUGUUCCGCUCGGACGCGUCUGCGGGUCAACAGGUCUACGAAAUUAACCCUUUCACUCAAGCCGAUCUGGAUCCUUCGGGCAUCUACGUGCUGGAUGCAUUCUUUGAAAUGUACAUCAUCGUUGGCAGAACAGCGCAGAGCCAGUACGGCUCCUUCCGCAACGCGCUCGACUUCGCGCAAGAAUACGCCAUUCUGGCCAGUGGCAUGGAAGACCGCCCCUUUAUCCCCAUCUCAACGGUGGUGUUGGAGGGCAUCCCGAAGGACCUCAAGAGCGUGUUCCGCAAGUGGCGAGACGAGGCGAGUCCCACCAUCAUGCCCAAGAAGACGUCCGGCCUGAAGCGCGGCAGAAGUCUGCGCGUCGUUCCCCUCACACAUGCCCUUCAAGCAAUGAGUGAGUAA